ACGAACACGCUUUCCCUCAAAUGCUUUUUUUUCACGUUCUCUGUUUUGUAUAAAAAAAGUGCAAAAAGCCGCGGCGUGCCAAAUUUGUAUUGCGUGCAGAAUUGCUAACAAGAAGGAAAAAAACAAUAAGGCUUUUUCUGCCUUUAGCAUAUAUUUUGUACGCUCCUAGUUUUAAAUUCCAUUAGCCCUAAUUUCGGUGACAGCUGUUGAACUCCAAGUGAAAAAUAAACGCGCGCAAUUAACUAAAAACAAAAGUUAUAAGGCCAACAAGCAAAAGCACUCAAAAAAUUCAAGGAUUUCGAUUUGAGUCCAGGUGAAUCACAGAGAAAAACAUUAGCCAAAAUGUCUGAUCGCAAGGCCGUGAUUAAAAAUGCCGACAUGAGCGAGGAGAUGCAGCAGGAUGCCGUUGACUGUGCGACACAGGCCCUCGAGAAGUACAACAUUGAGAAGGACAUUGCGGCCUACAUCAAGAAGGAGUUCGACAAAAAGUACAAUCCCACAUGGCAUUGCAUUGUGGGCCGCAACUUUGGAUCGUAUGUCACCCACGAGACGCGCCACUUCAUCUAUUUCUAUUUGGGCCAGGUGGCCAUUUUAUUGUUUAAGAGCGGUUAAAGUAUUGUCGAGUCGGAUGAAGUGGUGGUGAGGAGGCUGAUGGAGAUGCAGCAGCUGCACCGACAACAACAACAGCAGGGGCAGCAGUCGCAUUUCGGGACAUCAGAGGACGAGGAUCUAGAGCAGAAGCAGCAACAACCACAUAACCAAGAACAACAACAACAACAUCAA